CCAGUUCUAGGGCAAUCAAGCCCAAGGAAUAGCGAUUAUGCCUUUCCAAGCCCACAGCCCAAGCUCUCAAACUGUCAAACACACAACCGAAAAUAAUGAGAAACUUCUCCUCUUUGAUGCUCUCACUGUAGGACAAAUUCCGGUGGAUGUCGUCUCCGAAAUCCUCCUAGUGGGUAUGAAAAGUUCAAAACUUUUUAAGAGCAAUCUCAGGUACCUGUCAAAUCCUCAUCUCUCUAUUUGCUCUAUUUCUUCUCAAUACUCCCUGACACAUUUCCUUUUCUCUUCCCCUGCUAAAACCCUAGUUUCACCAAGGCUCUUUGGAAAUCCAAUCUGCAAUUCAUCUUUCAGAAACCUCACGUUGGAUCAUCCAUAUUCCUCUAUUUCCACAAUUGGGUCUUUUUUGUUUUGUUCUGAAACUUACCCAUUUCAUCAUUCUCUCUGCUUGUUUAAGUAUAAUGGUUGUAGAAAUUUAUCCCCAAUUUCCUCACAUGGGUCACCUUCUGUUAGUUCUAUUACAUACCCGUAUCUUCAAUCUUCAAAUUGUUUUGGUUUCACCAGAUGUAAUUGUAGAUAUAAGGAUUAUACAAAGCAAAGUUUUGAUCUUUAUUUGUUCAAGUCUCGAGCUCAUGAUUGCUUUCGAUUUUAUUCAGUUUCUUCUAUUGAUGCUUCUCAGUGUAAAAAAUUGCAUACUGAUGAGCUUAGACCGAUAGCAACUCCAAAACAAGUUUUUAAGAUUAUUGGUUUACUAAGGAGUAACGAAGAUGGUUUGGAAUCUAAGUUGUGUAAGUUGAAUCUAAGACUAUCUAUUACUUCGGUGGCUCGGGUUCUUCGAGCUUUGAAUAGUAAAAAACGGUCUGCACUGCAUUUCUUUCAAUGGAUUAGAUGCUGGCAGCCAGAAUUGGAAUGUAAUUCUGACAUCUGUAGUUUGGUUAUUGAUAAUUGUGGGCGGUUAGGUGAUUAUGAUGCUAUGCAAUGUCUUUUGAAUGAUUUCAGCCUGAAGAGUUUAUCCCUAACCAAUAAGGCAUUUGGGUUCUUACCUUCUAUGGGUGCAACUGAGACUUUGCUAAGGAAAUCAACACAGAGAGUUAUUGAUAUAUUGUGUGAAGUUGGGGGGACGUGUUAUGGUACUGGAGUUUACUCGUUAAUUGAGAUGUUCAGUGAUUUGGGAUCCUUUGACAUGGCAAAGUUUGUGAUCGAGAAAACAGAGAGGAGGUUGUCUUUCUACAAUGUUUUGAUUAAGGAAAUGUGUCGGAGAUGUGAUUUUAAAGGAGCACGAGAUAUGAUGGAUGAGAUAAGGGAGGCAGGCUGUAAUCCAAGUUCCCAAACUUACAACUACAUAAUUAGCAAUUUGCUAAAGAAUGGUAAAAAUGCUGAUGCUUAUGAAUUAUUUCAGAAAAUGAAAGAGAGCAAUUGUUCACCUGAUGCAUUAACUUUUGAGAUAUUUAUAUGUAACUCUUGUAGUGGAGGCAAGUUGGAUGUUGCUUUUGAGUUUUUAGAUGAAGAGGUUGCAAGUGGUCUUGAACCUCGGCUUUUAACACAUGCUGCCUUUAUCAAGGGGCUUUUUAACUCACAACAGUAUGAGGAGGCUUACAAAUAUGUUUUGAGUUCAGAUGAUAAGUGCUCAAGCAGUGUGAAUUACAGCUUGCUUGCAGGCCUUAAUCAGAAAAGAGGAAAUGUGGGUGCUGCUGAAUAUAUUCUUUCCGAAAUGAUAAAAAAGGGUCUUAGACCUCAUUAUAAUAUGUAUAUGAGAGUUUUAAAGCAACUCCAGAGGUCAGGCGAGAAAACAUCGGCUGCUGAUUUACAAGAGAAAUUUCUGCAGCUUGAAUUAAGAGCUUAGUGCUGGUACUGCACGGACUAUUGCUUCGCAGGUUUUCUGAAUAUUUCCUCCUUUUAAACCUGCUUUUCCUUUCAUAGAAUGUUAUGUUUAUAACCAUGUAAUACAAGCAUCAGAAGCAUUUUCAGUUGUAGCAGUAAGGAUUGUUUUUUUCUCAGAAUUCAAAUUUUGGAGGAAUAAAGCUGCAGAUUGCCUCUUA